CUCCAUCCCAUCCCCCUACGCGUCCGUGUCGAGCUGCAACGCGCCCCCCGCCCCCCUCCUCCUGCAGACCCCCCCAGAACCAAACACACGCACACGCUCCCUGCCGCACACACAACUCGACGCGUCCCGGCCUCCUUCCACCCCCACCGCCCAUCCCAUCCACGUCAACCAUCAACCAUGGCAUCCCCGCUCAAUGCACCUCCACAUCCUCCACAUACACCCCCAGCACAGUCCACCAGCCCACUGCCCGUGCACGAAUCCCAGGAAUCGCAGGAGCAUAGAGAUACCAGGCAGACAUCGCGGGACGCUACUUCCUCGUCGCCUUCCGCAUCCAUGUCCACCGGCGCCAGUGCGAGCGCCUCGUCUCCGCGCUCUGCCAUGGAAGGGAUUGUAGAGGAGAAUGCGCAGGCUGGAGAGGACGAAGGGGACGUGGAGAAGCUGCUGAAGAAGGUGGAACUGGAAAAGGUGAAUAGUGCGGAGCGGAGUGCGGACUGGGCUGACUCGUGGUCUUAGAAAAUCCAUCAACUGCAGAGACGUCUGGAGCUGGCCUCUGUCAAAGCCAACAAUGGUUGGACAGACAUGUCUAUCAAGGACAUUGAGCACAAACAACUUCCCGCAACUCCGUCGAGGCGUAAAGCCCCACUUAGCGUGCACACUUCUUCCCCAAUGGGAAAUAGCCAAGUGACAGCCAGCCCAGCUAUCCCAUACGAACCACCAUCUCCUUCUCGGCCAUGGCAGCUCAUCGAUGUGCUGUGGCAACCUCUACCGCCGCCUUCUCACGGCAACUAUCCACCCUCGCCUUCGAGCCCUAUGAAGCGUUCGCGUGAAGACGAUCACCCCGAGGCCCCGCGGCCAAGUGGGCAUGGAUUCACGUAUCCCAUGUCUCUUGCUAGUCCGGGAGCAAAGAGGGUGAAUGGACACCGUCGUGCUUCCAGUUCCUUGUCUGGGCACACGCUCGAUAGGCGUAUGAUGGCCGGACCGUCUUCACCUUUGAGAACCAAGUUUGAAGGCCAUGAAAAGAAGAGACGAUCGCAUUCGCAUUCCACCCACGACAGGUCGCGGCGAGAAGGGACGACGAGUCAGGAUGUCGACGCUGCCAAGGCUCUCACUUUUAUGCUGGGUAGCGGCUCUGAAGACGGCGGCGGUUCCAUGUCGCGCCAAUCCUCAUCCGAGGCCAUCUUGCCUGUACCCGACUCGUUUGCGAGCCCCAUCCCCACCUCGCCAAGCGCCAACCCGCGUCGUCUCGGUAUGCAGUCCAACCAGACUACGCCGCGUGCCGGCGACCUGCGCACCCCCAGCUCUCACGCUCGCUCGCGUGUCCCGCCCGGCUCUGGCUCUUCUGCCGAACGCGACAGGCCAGAGGAGGACAAGACGGCAGCAGAGUUGAUGAUGUUUUUGGCGCACUCGCCGUCGCCGAUGAAGUCUGCAAAGAGGGGCGGGCCUCCCGACUCGCCCAACCGGCCCAGUCUUGGGGCCGCUGCGAGGGUGCUGUUUGCCGAUGAAGACCGGUCAAAGCAGACCCCGUCUUCGUCGUCGUCGACUUCUGCUCUGCCAUCUGCGUCGUCCUCGUUCAGUGCCGGUUCCAGCUUGCCUUCUUCUAUAGGGCACAAGAAGACGCAUUCCAGGGGUGGCUCGUACUCGCAGUCCAACCUGGCGUUGGCGCCUCCCAUAACGCCCGACUCGACGGAUGGGUCAACCCUUGUCCAGAUCUAGACUGUUUUCUUGUCUGCGUUUCUUGUUUCUUGUUCAAAUUAUAAUCAUCGUUCGCUGUCUUGGGUUUUUGUAUCACUCUUGUAUCAAAUCGAGUCGCGUUUUUGUCUACCUAGAGAUCAAAUGGGUGUAAUAAAGAAGGAAUACAGAUAUACAUGCAAUAUGCCGCGUACUAGAAGA